AAAAAGAGAAGAACCCCGAGUACUGGCGUAAGCAGGCCCAGGACACCCUCAGACUGGCACUGAACCUUCAGGACCUCAAUAGGAAUGUUGCCAAGAAUACCAUCAUGUUCCUGGGAGACGGUAUGGGGGUGCCGACGGUGACGGCUACUCGGAUCUUAAAGGGCCAACUAGCCGGACAGCCAGGGGAAGAGACUCAGCUGGAAAUGGACAAGUUCCCACAUGUAGCACUUGCAAAGACUUACAACACAAACGCUCAGGUUCCCGACAGCGCCGGUACCGCCACAGCCUACUUGUGUGGUGUGAAAGCCAAUGAGGGAACAGUUGGUGUAAACGCGGCAUCGGUGAGGGGUCAAUGUAACACCACCAAGGGCAACGAGGUGGCCUCCAUCCUAAAGUGGGCCAAAGAUGCAGGAAAAUCGGUUGGAGUGGUGACCACCACCAGGGUGAACCAUGCAACCCCCAGUGCCGCCUAUGCCCAUUGUGUCAACAGAGACUGGUUUUCGGAUAAUGAGAUGCCCAAAGAAGCCGUGGCAGAAGGGUGCAAGGACAUCGCCUGGCAGCUCAUGCACAAUAUUGCAGAUAUAGAGGUCAUCAUGGGAGGGGGAAGAAAAUACAUGUUCCCUAAAAACACCCCCGAUAUCGAGUACCCCAAAGAGGAGAAGGCAAAUGGGACAAGGCUGGAUGGGCUAAACCUGACCAAGAUCUGGAUGGAAAAUAAGCCACGUAAUAAGAUUGCACGUUACGUAUGGAACAGAGAUCAGCUGCUGGGGCUGAAACCAGAAGAGACCGACUAUGUCCUGGGUCUCUUUGAACCCAGCGAUAUGGUGUAUGAACUGGACAGGAACACAAGUACAGAACCCUCCCUGGUGGAGAUGGUGAAGGUGGCCAUCAGUAUUCUAAAGAAAAACCCCAAAGGAUUCUUUCUCCUGGUGGAGGGUGGACGUAUAGACCACGGGCACCACGAAGGGAAAGCCAAGCACGCUCUACACGAGGCCAUACAGAUGGACAUUGCCAUUGGUCUGGCUGGGGAGAUGACCUCCACUGAGGACACGCUGACCGUCGUCACCGCUGACCACUCCCACGUCUUCACGUUCGGAGGAUACACCCACCGGGGAAACUCCAUUUUCGGUUUGGCUCCGGCACUAAGCGACCUCGACUCCAAACCUUACACAUCCAUCCUGUACGGGAACGGCCCCGGCUACAAACUAGUGAAUGGAAGCAGGGGGAACGUCUCCACUGUGGACUACGCUCAACCCAACUACCAGGCUCAGUCUGCUGUUCCUCUGAAGCAAGAAACCCACGGCGGAGAAGACGUUGCCGUAUUUGCCAAGGGGCCAAUGGCUCAUCUCCUGCACGGCGUCCAUGAGCAGAAUUAUAUACCUCACGCCAUGGCAUAUGCUACCUGCAUCGGUCAGAAUCGGGACCACUGCAAUUCCAGGAGCUCAGGCCACAGCUUUAAGACCUCAGUCACUAUGGUGUCCUCCGCUUUAUCAGUCCUUGCUGCACUCCAAUUGUUCUAAAGCGAGGCAUGCCGGUCCUACCUCACCCCGUGCUGGUCCACACUCCGCCGGCAAGAUCUGCUACCGGACUUUCCUUACGCAACUGCCAAAUCAACAGAAGAAGUCACAGUGGGGUCCAAACUUGGAAGACCGGCAGGCCCAAUGGGAGCCACUUCCACCCGGCAGGCCCAAUGGGAGCCACUUCCACCCGGCAGGCCCAAUGGGAGCCACUUCCACCCGGCAGGCCCAAUGGGAGCCACUUCCACCCGGCAGGCCCAAUGGGAGCCACUUCCACCCGGCAGGCCCAAUGGGAGCCACUUCCACCCGGCAGGCCCCAUGGGAGCCACUUCCAUCCGGCAGGCCCCAUGGGAGCCACUUCCAUCCGGCAGGCCCCAUGGGAGCCACGCCAGGAAGUGACCCUUAAAGUGGGAUUUAUAAAGACAGUUUGCACCCAAAGGGUCACUUGUUUGAUAUACGAAACCACUAAGAAAAUAGACUGCUAAAGCGAAGAUGACAGUUCAGAGUGUCCCUCAAAAAUUUGAUCGAACAGCUUUCUUGAUUUAAAUCUGCCGAUAUAAAAAUCUUCUCAUAUUGUACAUAAAGACUGAAAAAAUAAAAUAAACACCAUAAAAACAUU